AUGGCUGGCUCCACCGACUACAAGUUCAUGGGAUGGCUAGGCCUCGACAAGACUGCUGACAAGGGGAAGAUGGUCUGGCAAGAGUUCGAGCCCAAGACCUGGGAAGAAACAGACGUCGACAUUCAGAUAUCACACAGCGGCAUCUGCGGUUCGGAUCUCCAUGUCCUCCGAAGCGGCUGGGGGCCGACGCCAUAUCCAUGUUGUGUCGGCCACGAGAUUGUUGGUCGAGCUGUACGCGUAGGCACGAAAGUUGAAGGUGGUAUCAAGGUGGGAGACCGAGUUGGAGUCGGCGCUCAAGGGAAUGAGCAUUUCUGCGCCCACCACGUUGGCACAUACGGAAGCUUCCAUCUGAAUGGCGACAAAUCAUACGGGGGUCACGCAUUGUAUAACCGCUCUCCGUCCCACUUUGUCUUCAAGAUCCCAGACGCCAUUCCUUCUGCUUCGGCAGCAGUAAUGCUAUGCGCUGGCAUCACAACAUAUUCACCGUUGAAGUACUUCGGAUGUGGACCGGAUAAGCACGUCGGUGUCAUUGGCCUGGGUGGUCUGGGCCAUUUUGCCGUUCUCUGGGCAAAAGCACUGGGUGCGAAGUCUGUUGUCGCCAUCUCCCGCAAGGAGAGUAAGAAGCAAGAUGCCCUCAAAAUGGGAGCAGACAGCUACAUUGCAACAGACGAUCAUCCCAAGUGGGACACCGAAUUUGCUGGCUCGUUUGACCUGCUCAUCUCAACCAUCUCUUCGUCAAAGAUGCCCAUUGCCGGCUAUCUUGCUCUCUUGAGACGCGAUGGCACUCUAGUUCAGGUUGGCAAUCCUGACGAUGGAGUGUUUGAGGUACCAGCGCUUGGCUUAAUCAUCGGAAGGAAGAAGCUUGCUGGUUCAAUGAUCGGCGCACCAGGAGAAAUUCGAGAAAUGCUUCAGUUGGCGGCUGAGAAGAAUGUGAAGCCAUGGGUGGAAGAGCGUCCAAUGAAGGAUGCAAAUCAGGCGAUAGUGGACCUGGAUAAUGGCAAGGCAAGAUACCGAUAUGUGUUGGUAAAUGAGGACCAUCAGUGA